AUGAACUAUUCUCAAGGAUACCACGACGCCGCCCGUAUCUUGAAACACCUUGUGGCCAUGGGAGCAAUCGAGGAGGCCGGCGCUGAUGAGUAUUGCCCAAAUGGGUUCGCAAGAGUCCUGACUGUCGAGCGAUACAGCGAUGCUUUGCCGCUCAUGACUCGUCGUUUCACCAAGGGCAUCCUCGCACUUCCGGAAUUCCUAAAGAAGAACAAUUAUCGCAAUCCUACCAGUGCGACCGACACUGCCUUUCAGCUGGGCCACAGUCUAGAACUGAAUUUCUUUGGAUAA